AUGCCUGCCCCUUCCCAACCUGUUCAGUGUCCUCACUGCCCGGCCCUUAUUACUCCUCCCCAAACUCUGAAGGUCCACACGCGCCAACACUCGUUGAGAUCGGUUACCUGCCUCGGUUUUACUUUUGCUCGUCAUGGGCCGGACCCUCAUUCCGCUUACACUUGCAACUGUGGCUAUAGUAACACCAAACGUAACACCUUCUACAAUCAUGUGAAGGCUUGUUCGUCUGUCGUGCAGUUUGGGACCGCAGAUCUCGUUCUGUCGAGCGAUUUUUCUGACGACGAUCACCAUGAAGACUAUCAUCAGGAUGAUUUCCACAUCGAUGAUUUCAUUCACCUACCUGCUGGCGAGGAUCCUUUCGGGUUCGACCAACCCUUUCCCAUCAAUCCCGCUACUCCUCAGCCAGCUCCGGCAGAGGAACGUCGUUCUCGAGACUCCUCGACCCCGGAGGACGCCUUCCUCGCCAACGUACCCUCUUGGUCGUUGAGCGUUCCUCCUCCCGGCCGAUCUACGCUUUCCUUUGGACAAGUAGACUCGGCUGCUUCCAAGCGGGCCGCAGAAGAUGUCAAGCUCUCUCCUCGUCGAGGUUCGCCCAGGUCUUCAACAUCCAAAUCCGACACUCCGGAGUGGGAGGAUAGUCCGUCUCCGAAGAAGAAGGUCCGGACCAGCACCUCCCCUCGGUCACCUCAGCUCGCUCCCGUUGCUUUUGUCCCCCACCUUCCCGCUUCGGUUCAUCUCAAUCAGCACGGCAGGGAUGCUGUUUCUUUCGGCACUGUGGGCGCCUUUCCUACACUUUGGGAGGAUGAUCCCCAUGGCACUCGAAACUGGAUGCCACCUCAGGCUGAAGACACUCCCUGGGCGGUUGAAGCAAAUGGGUCGUAUCCCGCUGCCUCGGUACCGGACGUAGAAAUGCCUAUGCCCAGUUCACGAGAUCUUGGGCGAGAAAUCCUGGCUGGCUGUUCUCAUGAAGAUAUCGCUCCGGUGCAAGAGCUGGGUUCGACUCUUCCGGUCGACGACCCCGAUGCCAAGUUUGACGAAAUCGAGGAUGAGCUUAUGAAGCUUCGUAUGGAUUCUGAACAACCUUCGGAUUCACACGGUUCACUCGACGGCACCCCUCAUUCGGAUGUUUUAUACGUCAGCCCAGCUUUGUCCCAUUUCGGACUCCUCUUCAAUAUGCAUGUGGGCGUAGCCCAUUGCACCCAUCCUCGACAUACGGGUACAUCGCCCCUGUACAAUCAGGCCACAUUGGACCGAUUGAUAACCCACCUUCGACGGUUUCACAAGGACCAAAGUCAUCCCGAAUACCUCCACUCUGUCCGCAUCGAAAUCAACGAACGGUUAGGGAACGUUCAAUCUGGCUUGCUGCAAGAUUCUUAUCUAGCCCGUGAUAUUGAAGCUCCGCUACCCCCACCCAUCUCUGGAAUACCUAUUGCGGAGGUCUUCCAAUGUCUGCAUCCUGCUUGCGAUUACCGGACUCCCGGGGUAUCUCACCUCUAUGCUCAUCAGCGUAAAGAACACAACAGGACACGUGAUGGGGAAGACAAACCGAUUGGCAAACCGUACAAGAUGAUCUGGGCCCAAUCCAUUGGCUUGAACCCGUCGACCUGGUGUGUAGUGGCCCGAAAGGCCACGAACCCGUUGGUGCCCAAGGUCGACCGAUUCCCAAAGUUCACCUCGGUCAUGCGGCCGCUCAUAUCGAUGAGUCGACCCAAGGUCAAGGACGCGCUCGCGAAUCUCAAUAACGGAGUCCGACAAAUGAGCGACUUUCAUAGUCAGAUCGGUUGGGAUACCCAGCUGGAGACUGUUGGUUUGCUCGAUCUGGCUCGGUUAGGCUUCCCGAAGCCGCUCGAUACCGACGCUCCUUGGAUCACCUAUCUCUAUCGUCACGCCGACAAAGUCUGGGACGGAUGGGCCAAAACCCUGUCUCGAAACAUGGGCGUCCCGUUCCGUAAGCUCCUCAAAGGGGAGAGCGCACACUCUGGACGAAGCGAAUUCCAAGCGCUUCAACCGGAUUCGCGCCGCAUCUACGCCAAGACGUUUCGGCGAAUCAUCUUGGUCACGUUGAGAUAUACCAGCCACUGUCUUGCGGAACCGAGCGGCAACCGUCAUGACUGGCAGAUCGAGGCUCCGGUGCACAAACAGUUCCUCUGUUUGCGGGACCGGUUCUCGGCCGUCGAUUCUGCACCUUCCCGACUUGUGCCAUGGGCGGAGAUGCUAGUUCCUCAGCAAGAAGAGAUUUCGGAUUGCAUCCAUCUUUGGUUCGACACACUGGUCAAGACCGCAUAUCAGAUCAAGGAUCUCUGGCACGAUCCGCUCCAAUGGUUCAUGCUCUCGUCUACCGUUCAGAGCCAUGCGUCCGACUCGGAUCGGCCAAAGGACCUUUUCUUUUCCGAAGAGGACGGGGAUCAAGCAGCGAUAGCCGACAACCUCGAUGCUGCUGAGUUGGCUGACGAAUCGGACGUCGUUCAGCUCAUCGCACCGAACCACUAUUCCGGUGUCUUUGCCCACCUGCAAUACUCGAUCCGGCUGCUACUUUGGACGCAAGCGUGCGAAAUUUACGACAGCAUCACAUGCAACGAUUCGGAAGCGCAGAUACUGGAGCAGUAUUGUCACGCCGACAACGCCCAGUACAUCUUUGCCUGGGUACGACGUGCCCUGUGCACAGCUCGGAUGGCACGCCGCGAUCUGCCACCUCGUCUCACGAUGGGAUAUUCUGCCUCCCAAUUCUACAUUUCGAUCGGCCGGAUUUCCGUCACCCAGCAGCGCUUGACCGUUGCUGCCGGUCGUAUCGUCACGCGGCUGUCCGAGUUUCUCGAAGAAGAAUUGCUUUUGGGAUUGGGCACCUCACUCGUGGAUCAAGACUCGAACUUGCCAGUAGCCGACACGUUGCGCAGAGAGACGUUGGGGUACUCAUUCAUGACGGACACAGGCAACGAGUUUUACGAAAAGCAUGCCGAAGUCCUCCAGGCCAUCGCCUCGUCUCCUCCGUUACAAAAGAAGUUCUACGGUACCCUGGCAGACGGGACUGUUUUCCUGGACCGCCAACGGAUGCUGAGAUACCUCGACCAUCAGAAGACUUUCCUCGGCCUACUCUUUACGGCCCUUCACCUUGCCUGUGCCGUCCCUUCACGCGCUGCCGAGUAUAAUACGCUGUUGCUCUCGGAGACGGGAGAUCGUCACCGAUCUUUAUACCACGACCCCAACGGGUUGUUUCUCAUUUUCCGUUAUACCAAGCAGACCGCCGUCUUUGGAUUCGGUCAACCGGUCCCCAAAUACGUUGGCAACAGGGUCGGAGCGAUUUUGAUUCGGUACUUGACAUUCGCCCUUCCGACCGCCCGCGCUUUUGCCCAGAAGCUGCGCCUAGACGAUGGCCUUGUAGGUCAUUCACCGUCAGACGCUCUGUCUACCCACCUUUUUGCCACUCAUACUGGGAUAUUGCCUGGGCACUUCCUCACCUCGAGGUUUCGCCACAUUAUGCAGACGGUAGGAGACCUUCCCUUGUCGAUGUCUGACUAUCGCCAUGUAUGUAUAGCAUUCGCAAGGAAGUACAUCUCGCCCGAACUCUCCGACAUGAGCACCGUCCCGGAGCUCAUCGAACUGGCUGCCAACCAUACGGCUCGGACGGGUCGGGAACUCUAUGCGCAUCACCAAGAGGAGCCCGAGAACGGCAUGGCCGAACGUUUGCUGCAACAACAUCUGAUAUGCACGGCUUGGCAGGGGUGGAUCGGGCUAGGUCCCAAGUUCAACCCGAAGAAGAUGAACGACCUUCCCGCAAGCGGAUCGCCAGACGCACGACGUCUCGCUCAACAACUUGCCGCUGUCGAUGGCAACGUCAAACAGACCCCUCCGGCUGAUCUGGCUCUCGCUCUCACGUUUGCCAUCGAAUGUCUCGAGCAGGAGGUCCGUCAGGCAUUGUUCCGGGCCACCGCCCAGGUCACGUCUGGGCCGCCUCCUCUAGCACAAAAGGUCUCCCUUUCCGGAGUCACGGAUCCUUGCUUGGUGGGAGGGUUGCAAGCGGCUCUCGGUGACGAUCGAGCUCGAUUCAAGGACCCGUCAAUGCUUCGCACCCUGGACGUGAUCUUGCAUCGGGGCCAAGACGUAUUGGCCAUCUAUCCGACUGGGUCUGGUAAGAGUACGCUCAUUUGGCUACCAUCGUUGCUUUCCGAGGGGGUUACCGUCAUGAUUUCUCUUCACCAGCGCCUCACUGAAGACAUUUUGCCUACUGCCGCGCGAACCGGUCUGAAUGUGGUCCGGUACAGCGCAGAUCUUACGAUUGGAGCCUGCCCUCGACUCGUCUACGUUGCGGUCGAAAACAUCACCUCGGACCAUUUUUGCGAAUUCAUCAAGUCGCUUCAUGCCGCCAAGAUGCUCGACCGCAUCGUUAUCGACGAGGUUCAUACGGUUCUUCUUCAAGUCAACUUUCGGCAGAAACUCAGAGCGCUGCUCCACCUCAAGGCAAAGCUGAACCUCAAAGGCGUUCCGAGUUUAUGGCUGACGGCAACGCUGCCUCCCCACUGGGAACCUAUCCUCGCUCGAUGGUUGGAUACAACUAUCAACGACGUCUACGUGGUCCGCGCAUCCUCUAACCGGCCUAACCUUCGAUACCUCCAAGUUGACGACAAGGCUCUUUCCUCUUCCGCCAACAUCACGACAGACGCUUGGAACAAGGCAGUGGUUGCCUUUAUAGCGAAGGAGUUGGACGGCUGUCUGACGGGCGAUAACGACGACCCGACACGGAUCAUCGUCUACAUCCCCUACGUCAAAGAUAUGGUCGACGUCCACGCCGCCUUCUUCAAGCAUGCCGGCGCAAUUUGGCCUUCGGAGCUGUAUCACGCUCAGCUUCCCAUCGAGGAAAAGAACAAGUCGUUCGCCAACUGGAUGACUGGCGUCAGCAAGAUCAUGUUCGCCACCUCUGCUUUGGGCCAAGGUGUGGAUUGCCCUCAUGUGCGCAAGGUCUUCUUUGUCGGGAACCCUUUCAACGUUGUCGAUUUCGCGCAGCAAGCUGGUCGGGCUGGUCGGGAUGGAUCUCCUGCAGACAUCUAUAUGAUCCCGCCUCUUCGGUCCAGGGACCCCUUUGUGCCAAACGCAGCCGACAAGGAUCCGUCUCUGACUGAUCUCGAACGAAGUUUGUUGAAGGGUCUGGAAUCCGUUUUCUACGAAUCGGGACCGCUAUCGCCCUAUCAACAAGUUUACAAGAUUUUCUGCAAGCCUCGCGACUGCAUACGGCGUCAACUGACCACCCUUCUCGACUCGAUUUCUUCCUCGUGUUUCACAGGGGGCCCAGGUACGGAACUCUGUUCGCUAUGCGAAAGCGAGCUUGAUGAAGCUCGGAACCCUCGGGAUCCUUCGCAUCCGUUUCGUCUGGUGCAAGACCGCCGCCUCAUUCAAGCAAGAUCGACUGUCAUUGGCCCUGGUAUCCGUUCGGGUCCUGCCGAACCCACGGCUUCGACCCCGGCUCCAGUUGUCACCGCUCCACUGCCUGCCCCGACCCUCAAGUCUUCUGAGCCGGUCCGUCGCUUCAAGCCCCUCUUUCCCGCACCUUCGCCGAUCGCAACAGGUUCAACUCGUCGUGGACGAACCGUCAUCAAGGUUGAAGAGACCGCUCCCGCCCCGACCCGUAGGCUCAACAGUCCUUCGUCGCCUAUCGUGAUCGAUUCGAGUUCCCCCGAACCUGAGGCACGGCCGGUUACAAGGCGCCCGGCACCGAAGAAGCGCUCACAUCAUCCUCCCUUUGUUCAGUCCAGCCUGGCAAGCGCCGAUCCGCCCGUCCAGAGUUCGUUAGCCAUCAAGAAGACGGGUAAAUCGGUGGCCCAGAAGAGGUUUUUGGCUCAUCCUGCCUUUGAGGCCGAGAGACCAGGCCAUGCUGUGGAUUCGGUCGCUGGGGAGACUGUCGACGACCAACCUCGUCUUCCGGGACUGUCCUUCCUGGGCGAACGGACGCCACCCCCACCAUCUGGGCCAGGCGUCUCGAAGAACUUUGGCAUUGCCCCCGCUCGGCCAUCACCGGUGGACUCGGUAUCGGCCAAAUCGUCUUCCUAUGGUGCGUGUCCUUCCUUUUGGAACCAGGUCGCCUUUCCGGAAGAAACGCAAGCGGGAAAACCCCUCUCUUUCCAGGAGGCUCUUCCUUCCACGGGCGGAUCGCUGCUCUCCUCCAGCGUUCCUCCACACGACAGGCCGCCCGUCCCAAUGUCGUCUGUCGUCAUGCAACCUUUUCCUUUGCCGCCUCAGAUCAACCCUAUCGGACGCAAUCACGAGCUUGUGGAUCGGUUCUUGGACCGUCUUUACGCCGCUUGGUUGAAAUCUCUCCGCCAGGGCAUACUUGAUCGACGUGACUCCCAGUUGAUCCCUUGCGGGGUCUGCUUCGUCGCCAAACGGGGCCAGGACUUUUGGCAUACCGACGGCGAACUUGCGUGUCCCACACGGCCGUCAAGCUCUUGCUUCAAAUGUCUUCGACAGGGACAUCAGAGUCGUUCGUCCCCGACAUCAUUCACACGAUUGCUCUCCGGGACGACUGGAUCCGCCUUAUCGGCCAACAUCACCACAUCGACCAGGUCGCAUCAAGGGGUCGUGCGGUUGACUUUGAUCUGCUUCGGGAAUGGUUCUUUGAACCUCGCCAACACUAUGGACAUGUUCCACACUUUUUCGAGUUUUGGCUCGAGUGGUUGA